UGUUGCUUUGUCUGUCUUUAUCUGCGCCCACAGUGGGGACACAGUGUUAUUCGUUGGACAUUAUUUGGGUUUUGUUGUUUUUCUGUUUUGCCUUAUGCCCUUUAUUGGUUUAAUGUCCAACGAGUAUUGAUUUGUUUUUUUCUGUUCUUAUUCUGAUCUUUAUUUGUUUUUUUAAUAUUUGUUUUCUAGGUUAACAUAUUCCUGCUGAUUUGGUUAUUAGUUUAGUUCUUUUUGUUUCUGUGUUCUCCACUGAUUCCCUUUCUAUGUUCCAGAGGCUGUGUACCUGUGGUUGGGACGUCGUGUCGUCGGUGGUGGUGGUAUCCUCCCUUUGUGAUGUGUGAACCCUGUUUUUUUGGUUUAGUUUUUCACGUGUGUGUGAUUUUUCUUUAUUCACUUGGUGACCUCUCCCUGGGCCCUGUUCCUCCCCUCCGUUGACACACCGCCACAUGGUAAGCAGACCUCUGACCCUUUGCACCCCUUCUCCCCUUGUUUUAUCAUGUUUUAAUUGAUUUUAGUGAGUUGUUUAAAUAAAACUGGAUUAUUGUACAGGAACAACACGUCUCUCGCUUUGUGAUAUACAAACCUGUGUGCCUCAAACGUGCUUUUAAGAGGCAAAAACUUUCCUUGGGGGGCUCUCUCCCCAAGGUGGCAUUGUCGAGCUCAACUUAGAAGUUACUGGGUAAUUGGAGCCUUUGCUCUAAGCCGUUCCCAUAGUUUGCAGCCCUCCUAGCUGCUACUGCACUCACCACAAUCGUAAGCCGACUUUGUAACUGCUGUAAUGUGUUUUCCAAAACUGAGUUCUGAGUCGAUCACCACACCCAGAUUUCUGGCCUGGUCUGCAGUUUUUAACUGUAGAGACUGAAGCUCUAAGCUCACUUUUAAUCGCCCUUUCUUGGCUCCAAAAACCAUUAGUUCAGUUUUGUCUUUAUUUAACUGAAGAAAGUUCUGACACAGCUACGCAUUUAUCUGUUUGAAUAAUCCUUCAAAAUUCUAAGUGUAUUUUGAGUGAAAUCCUCCUUUAAAAUCCUAAGUUGUGCAUUUAAAUCAUAAACUGUGAACUGUGGGGUAUACAGGAAACCAACACACACGGACCAGUACCUGCUUUUUGACUCUCACCAUCCACUGGAGCACAAGCUAGGAGUCAUCAGGACCCUGCAGCACAGGGCUGACAAGUUACCCACAAGUACCCAAGGCCAGGAAAAAGAACACAAACACCUGAAAGGGGCACUAAAAACUUGUGGAUACCCUUACUGGACCUUUGUGAAGGCUCACACAAGAUCCAGAAAGGAGAACAACCCAGUGAAGACGGAAGAGAAGGAGAGCAGGCGCUACAAUAUAGUGAUCCCAUAUGUGUCUGGUGUGUCUGAAAAACUGAGGAGGAUUUUCAACAAACACCAGAUUCCUGUCUUUUUUUAAGCCAAAUAACACCCUCAGGCAAAGACUGGUCCACCCAAAAGACCCCACACCACACAGCCAGAAGAGCAACCUGGUGUAUGCAGUUAAAUGCAGCGAGGAAUGCUCAGAUCUCUACAUAGGGGAAACCAAACAGCCACUUUACAAGCACAUGGCUCAACACAGGAGAGCCAAUUCCUCAGGACAGGAUUCGGAAGUCUUCCUUCACCUUAAGGAAGAAGGACACUCGUUUCAGGACACCAAUGUUCAGAUUUUGGACAGGGAGGACAGAUGGUUUGAGAGAGGAGUGAAAGAAGCCAUCCAUGUCAAAGUAGAGAAGCCAUCUCUGAACAGUGGUGGUGGUCUGCGACAUCAUCUUUCACCAAUUUACAAUCAGGUCCUUUCAAAACUCCCCAAAAGAACUACUCAGCAGACUCAUGCUAAUGACCACCAUUAGCACACGAGGGCUCAGUGACAUCUGUGCAUUUCAACGACCCCCACCAAUACUCACGACCAUCGUUGAGUAGUCAGAUGAGUUUUGGUAUCGGUCGUUGGAAUAAUAGCCCUGGACACACCUCACAGAGGUUUAAAAGCUGAGGCAACACCAAGCACCACCAGAACUGAAGAAGCCUCUUGGAUGAGAGGUGAAACAUCUUCAAGGAACUUUCUUAAAGUCCAGUGGAUUUAUUUAAACUACCUUGGAUAACCAUGACCUGGAUGAAUGAGAACCUACACAGACAACUUCAGUGAUCAUUUAUUGUGGUAGCUGUCUAUAAAAAAAUGCUCUAAAUGUGGGCAGACUGAUUUCAUCACCAACAAGCACAAACAUGAGGCUCAGGCUGUUUCUCACUACCAAGUACACAAGUCUGUACUUGCCAAGUACGCGAGUCCUACCUGUUCCUGAAGUGAGUUGAGUUUUACCUGAUGAGUCCUGGUGUCACAGCUUGUUUUCUCUGUGUGAAGGUGAGUAAAAGACACUUUAAAGUGUUUUCUAGCUGCUGUUAGUUCCAGCAGAAAUGUGGCUCCACAGCUCCGUGUUCGCUCCUUCAUGGGACUAAAAAGUUGUUUUAAGUCAUUAUGAAAGUCCACAAACUGCCACAUUUAGCUAAUGGAGGCUGCUGCUAAACCAAUUGUUACCUUGUUAGCUCAUCUCUGUCAGGAAGCCAUAGACAGCUCUGUGUUGGUGGAAAUUAAUUCUAGCAAGGACAUGAAUUAAACUGAAGAGGGCGUGUGUGUGUGUGUGUGUGUGUGUGUGUGUGUGUGUGUGUGUGUGUGUGUGUGUGUGUGUGUGUGUGUGUGUGUGUGUGUGUGUGUGUGUGUGUGCCCAUGUUUUUGCUACUUUGUGGGGACCAAAUGUCCCCACAACUGUAGGAAAACCGAAAACUAUGUCACUUGUGGGGACCUCAUUUCAGUCCCCACAAGUUUAAACAGUGUUUUCUUGGCCAUGUUGUUGUUACUGAAAAAAGUAAAAGUGCAAAAACGUUUCUUUAGGGUUAGCCAUUGUUUUGGUUAGGGUUUGGUUAGGGUUAGGGGUUAGAUAUGAAUGGGAGUCAAUGGUAUGUCCCCACAAUGAUAGCAAGACACACACACACGUGUGUGUGUGUGUGUGUGUGUGUGUGUGUCUAAAAUAGUGAAUGAUGUCCAGUUUAUCAGAUGUAUCGGAGCCAAUAUUUUUUUUCUGACAGCAUUAAUUUCCAUAUUUCAAAUAGAGAAAACAUUCACAGGUCAGGAGAUUUAUCAGUUUUUAGUUCUUUCUAAGGGAGUGGAAGCAAGAAGCAGCUGCAGGUGAAUGAUUUGUGAUAAUCAGGUCCAAUAAAGGAGCUUUCUGCUGUGUUUGAGGUGUUUCAGAGUGACGGCAGCCUGCAGACACAGAGGACUGGUGACGGAGAAGCAGCCGAGGAUUUUCUCUGUUUCUGCUCAAACCCAGACAGCAGAGAUCUGCACUGGUGGAAGAAGCUGAGUAAGUACAACUUUGAUUGAUUGCACUCUCUGAGGCUCCGCCUUCAUCACCAACAAGCACAAACAUGAGGCUCAGUGUCUUUAAAAGCAAGUGUGCAGACAGAGAGAAGUUUCCAGAGGACACAGACAUCCCAUCAGUGUCUGCUUUUGGAUCCUUCAGCCAAUCAGUGAGUGAGAGGAAAUCUCAGGUGUCUGCAUGAUGUUGAUUGUGCUUGUGAGUGGUGUGUUUAGUCCCUGGUUUGUGUUUUCAGUAGUUUAGGUGUUUGUCUUGCUGUUGUGGCCAUUGUCUGGGGUUUGAUGACAUCUCUUUGGAGUGGAGUACCUGUCUCCUGUUAGGCUUGGCAGCUCGUUCCCUCUGUGAAGUGCUGUUGUCAGAUCAGGUAGAAAUCAGUUUCCUGUUUCGUUGCCCUGACAACAGUGACAUCAUGGCCCUUCCUGUUCCUCAGUUGAGUUCUGCUUUUAUCGUCUUUGUGUCGCAGCUUCUUUUCUCCAUCUGAAUGGAGACACCAUGAUGUCAGAGGUGCUCUUGAACAUCCUGGAUGAUCUGGAUGAUGAUGAGCUGUCGAAAUUCCAGUGGCUCCUGCAGAAACCCAACAAUGUUCAAGGCCUCCCAGCCAUCACAAAAAGCCGACUACAGACAACAAACAGGUGUAACACUGUGGAUGUGAUGGUGGAGACUUAUGGACUUCAGAGAGCUGUGCAGGUGACCAGGGUGGUUUUAGAGAAGAUCUCCAGGAAUGAUCUGCUGCAGAGGUUGCCUGCCAGCAGCUCAGGACCAGAAGUGCAUGUCAGUGAUGUUGGGGAGACUUCAGAGAACAGAGAACCUUCCUCUUCUCAGACUCGGCCUCCUCUUCUUCAGACUGAAGAUGAGACUGUUCCGGUACCAGAACCAUGUCCCAUCAGAUAUUACCAACAGAAACUGCAGUCAAACUUCCAGGACACGUUUCUAGUUGCAACAGAGGGGUGGGCAACAGAAAAACGGUGUCUGGUUGAUAUCUACACAGAACUGUACAUCACAGCUGGCCGGGACGUGCAUGUCAACACACAGCAUGAGGUCCUACAGAUUGACAAGGUGUGGAAGCCAUCAGACACAGAAACACAGAUCCAACCCAGAGACAUUUUCAAGCAUCCUUCUGGAAAAGACAUACCCAUCAGAACAGUGCUGACCAAUGGGAUUGCAGGGAUUGGAAAAACGUUCCUCGUGCACAAAUUUGUGUUGGACUGGGCUGAAGAAAGAACCAAUCAAGAUGUGCAUCUUAUUUUCCCGUUCACUUUCCGUGUCCUGAAUUCACUGCAGGGACAAGAGUUUGGUUUGGCAGAGCUCAUUCAUUUCUGUAUCCCAGAAACUAAAGACAUCACAGAGGAGGCUCUGAAUUACAUCUUUACAGCUCUGCAGUCAUCAGGAAACAGCAGCUACCACAAGAGCAGAUUCAAAUUGCUGUUUGUGUUUGAUGGACUGGACGAGAAUCGCCUUCAUCUGGACUUUCAGGUCGACCACAUUCGCUCCGUGGACAUAACAAAGUCAACUAAAAUAGAAGUCCUGCUGAGGGAACUUAUCAGUGGAAAACUGUUGCGCUCAGCUCACCUCUGGAUCACCACACGACCUGCAGCAGCCAAUCAGAUCCCUCAAAACCUCAUCAACACUACAACAGAAGUCAGAGGGUUCAAUGACCCACAGAAGGAGGAGUACUUCAGGAAGAGAUUCAAGGAACAGGUCAGCAGCAUCAUCUCCCACAUGAAGACAUCACGAAGCCUCCACAUCAUGUGCCACAUCCCAGUGUUCUGCUGGAUCACUGCUACAGUUCUGGAGGAGCUGCUGGAAACCAGAGAGGGAGGAGAUCUGCCCAGAACCCUGACUGAGAUGUAUGCAGAGUUUGUAAGAUUUCAGAUCGAUCACACAAAAGAAAAGUAUGGCCUAGAGAAGUGCAUUCAGUACAUUAAGUCAUUAGCUAAACUGGCUUUUGAACAGCUGCAAAAGGGCAACCUGAUCUUCUAUGAGAAAGAUCUGAGAGAAAGUGGCAUCGAUGUGAGUGAAGCUUCAGUGUACUCAGGAGUGUUCACAGAGAUCUUUAAAGCAGAUCGAAGACGGAAACAGGAAAACAAGAUGUUCAGCUUCGUCCAUCUGAGCGUUCAGGAGUUUCUGGCUGCUCUUCAUGUCCAUCAGACUUUCAUUGACUCUGGACUAAACCAGCUGGAAGAACAACAACAAACAACAUCCUGGUUUUCAAAACUAUUCAGAGUGAAAGUUGAUCCAACAGUUUUCUACCAGAGAGCUGUGGACGAGGCCUUACAGAGUCCAAACGGACACCUGGACUUGUUCCUGCGCUUCCUCCUGGGUCUGUCACUGCCGACCAAUCAGAAUCUCCUACGAGGCCUGCUGACACAGACAGGAAGUAGCUCACAGACCAAUCAGGAAACAGUGGAGUACAUCAAGAAGAAGAUCAGUGCAGAUGUGUCUGUAGAGAGAAGCAUCAAUCUGUUCCACUGUCUGAAUGAACUGAAGGAUGUUUCUCUAGUGGAGGAGAUCCAACAGUCCCUGAGAUCAGGACGUCUGUCCACAGAUGAACUGUCUCCUGCUCAGUGGUCAGCUCUGGUCUUUAUCUUACUAUCAUCAGGAGAAGAUCUGGACGUGUUUGACCUGAAGAAAUAUUCUGCUUCAGAGGAGGCUCUUCUGAGGCUACUGCCAGUGGUCAAAGCCUCCAAGAAAGUUGUACUGAGUGGCUGUAAUCUGUCAGAGAGAAGCUGUGGAGCUCUGUCCUCAGUCCUCAGCUCCCAGUCCUCCAGUGUGACAGAGCUGGACCUGAGUAACAACAACCUGCAGGAUUCAGGAGUGAAGAGCCUUUCUGCUGGACUGGAGAGUCCACACUGUAAACUGGAAGCUCUCAGACUGAGUGGCUGUAAUUUGUCAGAGAGAAGCUGUGGAGCUCUGUCCUCAGUCCUCAGCUCCCAGUCCUCCAGGGUGACAGAGCUGGACCUGAGUAACAACAACCUGCAGGAUUCAGGAGUGGAGAGUCUUUCUGCUGGACUGGAGAGUCCACCCUGUAAACUGGAAGCUCUCAGACUGAGUGGCUGCAAUCUGUCAGAGAGAAGCUGUGGAGCUCUGUCCUCAGUCCUCAGCUCCCAGUCCUCCAGUGUGACGGAGCUGGACCUGAGUAACAACAACCUGCAGGAUUCAGGAGUGGAGAGUCUUUCUGCUGGACUGGAGAGCCCACACUGUAAACUGGAAGCUUUCAGACUUAAUAACUGUAAUCUGUCAGGGAGAAGCUGUGGAGCUCUGUCCUCAGUCCUCAGCUCCCAGUCCUCCAGUGUGACAGAGCUGGACCUGAGUAACAACAACCUGCAGGAUUCAGGAGUGGAAAGUCUUUCUGCUGGACUGGAGAGUCCACACUGUAAACUGGAAGCUCUCAGACUGAGUGGCUGUAAUCUGUCAGAGAGAAGCUGUGGAGCUCUGUCCUCAGUCCUCAGCUCCCAGUCCUCCAGUGUGACAGAACUGGACCUGAGUCACAACAACCUGCAGGAUUCAGGAGUGGAGAGUCUUUCUGCUGGACUGGAGAAUUCCCACUGUAAACUGGAAGCUCUCAGACUUAAUAACUGUAAUCUGUCAGAGAGAAGCUGUGGAGCUCUGUCAUCACUCCUCAGCUCUCAGUCCUCCAGUGUGACAGAGCUGGACCUGACUAACAACAACCUGCAGGAUUCAGGAGUGAAGAGUCUUUCUGCUGGACUGGGGAGUCCACACCGUAAACUGGAAGCUCUCAGGCUGUCAGGCUGUCUGGUCACAGAGGAAGGCUGUGCUUCUCUGGCCUCAGCUCUGAGCUUCAAUCCCUCAAAUCUGAGAGAGCUGGACCUGAGCUACAACCAUCCAGGAGACUCAGGAGAGAAGAUGCUCAGGGCUAAAGUGGAAGAUUCACACUGUAGACUUGAAACUCUCAGGGUGAUGCCUGCUGGAGACCGAUGGUUAACACCAGGUCUGAGGAAGUAUUCCUGUCAACUCACAGUCGACACAAACACAGUACACAGAAAACUGAAACUGUCUGACAACAACAGGAAGGUGACACAUGUGGAGGAGGAUCAGUUGUAUCCUGAUUAUCCACACAGGUUUGAAUACUGGGACCAGCUGUUAUGUAGAACUGAUCUGACUGGUCGCUGUUACUGGGAGGUCGAGUGGAGAGGAGGGGUUGAUAUAUCAGUGAGUUACAGAGGAAUCAGAAGGAAAGGAGACAUUGAUGACUGUGUGUUCGGAUUUAAUGAUCAGUCCUGGAGUCUGAUCUGCUCUGAUCGUGGUUACUAUGUCUGUCACAAUAACAGUCCAACACCCAUCAGGUCCUCCUCAGUCUCUCACAGAGUUUCAGUUUAUAUUGACAUUCCUGCUGGAACUCUGUCCUUCUACAGAGUCUCCUCUGACUCUCUGAUCCACCUCCACACCUUCAACACCACAUUCACUCAACAUCUCUACCCUGGAUUUGGAUUCUGGUAUCCUGGUUCCUCAGUGUUUCUGUUCUGAGUUCAGCCUCCAGAAUCUCCUCCUGGUAGAGAAAGUGUUGUAAAGAUAAUUGAGUCUCUCCAUGACUUUAAUGGAUUUAAUGUGUUUCUUUGUGAAAUCCUUCUAAAUGAUUCCUUGUAAACUUCUUCCUUUUCAAAGAUGGAAGUUGUGAUUAUUCCAGGAGCCAAAUGUGGUGUUUGUGUCUUUUUCCAGUCAAAUGUUGAGAGUGAAAAUCAGGAUGUGGUGUUCCUCUGACGCUCACUUGAACUAAAAGGAUUUGAGCUGCACAAAGUGUGAAAUGAGAGAGGAAGCAGUGAAUCUACAAACUGCUGACAGACUUUAACACAUUAUUGUCCAGUGAAAAUCCGGUUUUUGUGCAGCCAGACUUGAUUCUGAUUUGAAUGUUUAAGUCCUGUUGUAGUGAUGAAAUGAGAACUUCCUUCAUCUUGUGUGUGAUGGAGAAGAAUAAAUGGCUGUGGCUACAAA